UUAAUGCUCUCACACACUCUCACACACACUCACACACUCUCACACACACUCACACACUCACUCACACACUCCUCAGUCCGGGAGAAUCUCAGCUUGUUCUCUCUGAUCAUGGAUCUGCUCAGCUGUGUGCUCCUGUGGAUCUCUGUCCUCCUGUCCGGUUCCUCCGGUGCGCGCGCGUUCAUGAUGCCGGACAUCAGCGAUCCCGACUUUAUCAGCAGGUGCGUGCAGGCGCAUAACCUUUACCGCUCACGAGCUCAUCCGCCCGCCGCCAACAUGCGCUCCAUGUCCUGGGAUAAUUCACUGGCAAGAGGUGCUCGGUCCUGGGCAAGACACUGCAAGGCAUCCCAUAAUCCUGUGCUGAAGCAGGAGAGCAGGGCCCACCCGGAGUUCCGGCAAGUCGGAGAGAACAUCUGGCUCGGGGCUCCGUAUUCCGCCUUCACAGUCGAAUCAGCGAUCAACAGCUGGAACAAAGAGAGUGCCGAUUAUACACAUGCAAACAACAGCUGUGCCAGAGUGUGUGGACAUUAUACACAGUUGAUGUGGGCGACGAGUUAUAAAGUGGGCUGUGCCGUCCAUGUCUGCUCCAGAGGAAUUGAAAACUUCUCCAAUAAUCCAGAGUCAACCAUUUUUGUCUGUAACUACGGUGACGUCGGGAACGUGUUCGGGUUCACGCCCUACAUCGUGGGUCUGGCCUGCAGCAAGUGCGGUGUAGAGAAAUGCAGAGACAAGCUUUGCACCGAUCCGAUCCGAGACCGAGAUAACAGAUACGACUGGGUCCCGGGGUGGGAUCUCGGCCCUGGCGGUUCAGCUCAGGCGCUCUCCGAUUGGCAGAACGGCUCGAAACUGCAGCUCCUGACCGGAUCACUCUGGCUUCUUUACUUUUAUGCAACACACUGAAAUCACUCAAUAAACCCAGUUCAGUUUUAAUCAAGACUUAGAUCGACAUGAUUAUUAUUAUUAUUAUUAUUAUUAUUAUUAUUAUUAUUAUUAUUAUUAUUAUUAUUAUUAUUAUUAUUAUUAUUAUUAUUAUUCCUCAGCGUGACAGGGAGCUGACGUGGUGUAAAUCCCUGCUAUGUAGGCCUGGUGCAUCAUAUUCUCAUAUCUGCUCAUAUCAUUAUGAUAUUCUUCUAAAUAAUCUUUUCACCUUUCAUAUGAAUACAUUACAAAAUAAACACAGCUCUGUAUAUUUCCUGAA